AUGUUCCAUGUGACGUACCCGUUCACGCAGAGACAAUGCUUUCUCCGUUCACGAGAAGCGUGCCUUGCAACGUUGCCAGCUGGUGCUUUUCGAAAGCACCUGUGGCGCCCUUCGUGCUGGUCGUUCCGCACACGUCUUCGUAAAGAGGCGUCGCUACGGAAAUCCACAGUUCUCGCUCCGCUUACUCGCCGUCUGCAGCUGAGUCUCUUCGGCCUCCCAGAGCGGUUCGUUCGCAAGUCCAAGUCGCCGGUCUCGGCAGAGUCCAGUGUCGCCACUGAGCUCACACGUGAUCGGGUCAAAGAUCCGACGCUCGCGAAGUACUGGGAUACACUUCUGGAAAUCAAUGCACUGGAGGCGGAACUGGAACAACUCAAAAGCGAUGAACUCAGAGCUCGCUUGGAUGCCCUGCGGAGAAACGACUCGGUGCGGAGCGGGGACCCGCCACUGGCCGAGGUAUUCGCCAUCGUUCGAGAGGCCGCACGUCGGACGCUCAGCAUGCGACCCUUCGAUGUGCAGGUUCUUGGUGGCCUUGCACUCUUUCACGGUUGCGUAGCGGAGAUCGCCACCGGUGAGGGGAAAACGCUCAUCGCAACGAUGCCGGCAUGUGCCAGCGCGCUAGCGGCUCGCGGUACCGUCCUGGUCGUGACGGUGAACGAUUACCUCUGCCGUCGCGACUUUGAAAACAUGGGUCCACUGUAUCGCUCCCUGGGUUUCUCUGUCGGGUGUGUGACCAGCGCCACAGAGCGGGCGGCACGUCAACGAGCAUACGCUUGCGAUAUCACCUAUGUGACGAAUGCGGAGCUUGGAUUCGACUAUCUACGCGACCAUCUGGUGCUGAGCGCUGCUGAUCAAGUGCUUGUGAGGCCCAAGCCCUUCUACUUUUGUCUACUGGAUGAGGCCGACUCAAUCAUGAUAGAUGAAGCGCGUACACCGCUGAUCAUUUCCCAGGCUGCAGAGGCGCCCACAGAGAAAUACGCUACUGCCGCUAAACUGGCUGCAAACCUGCAGCGGGAUCGGCACUACACGGUCUAUGAAAAGGAGCGCAAUGUCACUUUGACAGGCGCCGGUUACGAAGCAUGUGAGGAGGCACUGCAAGUGCCAACGCUCUUCGCCGCAGCGGAUCCGUGGGCGCCCUUUGUGCUGAAUGCACUCAAGGCGAAGGAGCUCUAUCAACGUGAUAUAGAUUAUGUCGUUCGGGGUGAUCAAGUGCUAAUCGUGGAUGAGUUUACCGGUCGAGUACUGCAAGGUAGGCGCUGGUCAGAGGGUCUGCACCAGGCCAUCGAGGCCAAGGAGGGGCUCGCUGUCCGCACUGAACCGCGGACUGUAGCUUCCAUCUCGUAUCAGUCCUUCUUUCGCCUGUUUCCUCGUCUGGCAGGCAUGACGGGCACCGCUGCUACCGAUGCAGCAGAGAUACGCGAAACGUACGGACUCGAGGUGGUCGUUGUGCCCACCGCGCUACCUGUCGUUCGCCGAGACUACCCCGAUGUGGUGUUUCGAACGAGUCGCGGCAAACUUCUUGCUGUGGUCGCAGAAAUUCGACGCCUGCACCUUCGAAAAGUGCCCGUCCUGGUUGGAACCACCAGUAUUGAAGCUAGUGAGCGAAUCAGCGCCCUUUUGAGCGAAGGCGAACGCGUUCCGCACGAGGUUCUGAAUGCACGUCCGGAGAACGCUGAACGUGAGAGCGAAAUCAUCGCCCAAGCAGGUCGUCUAGGAGCGGUUACGAUCGCAACAAACAUGGCUGGACGAGGAACCGAUAUCGUGCUGGGUGGAAACGUGUCCAGUCUAGCACGCGCUCUUCUCCAGAGGGAGCUGCUUGCCACGUUCGCUCUGGGGCCUGAAUGCUCCUCUGGGGCCGGCGACCGCGCAUCCACCGAGCAUUUCCUCUCGUGUCUCGAAGAGGCGGAGCAUCACCAGCUGCACUGCUUUGGAGAAAAAAUCGCUGAGGCACUGCGUUCCCAGCGUUCGACGGAUCCCGGUCCGCGGCUUAUCAUCGAAUCCAUGGAGCAGCUGCAUCAGCUGAUGCUGCAAGCUGCCGAGUUUCAAGAGCCAACGUUGCCCUUCUCUGCCGAGGCCCAGGAGCUGGUAAGAGAGGCACUUCAGUGGCUGGAAAAGCAGCUGCGUCCGCGGCUCGAUGCAGAGCGCGCAGCUGUGCUGGACCUCGGUGGCCUGCACAUCCUCGGAACUGAACGACACGAGUCACGCCGCAUCGAUAACCAGUUGCGGGGUCGUGCAGGUCGCCAAGGUGACCCCGGAUGUUCGCGUUUCUUCCUGUCGCUGGAGGACCCCAUCUUCAGGGUGUUUGGGGGUGAUCGGAUGGCUCGCCUCGCCGAAGCGUUUCGUCUGGACGAAACAACCCCCAUCGAGAGCGUCCAGGUUGCGCGUACGCUGGACAAUGUCCAGCGCAGCAUCGAGCAAUAUUAUGCGGGGAUUCGGAAGCAGUUAUUCGCUUAUGAUGAGGUGCUUUCCCAACAACGGAAGGUACUGUAUCGACAGCGAAACCGCUUUUUGGAAGCCGAUGAAGCGCUCCUAUUCGGUUCGGAUGCGGCAGCAGCCCGGGCCUCUGGGGUGCUUGCUGGCCUCGCGGGCGACUGGAUACGAACGACGAUUCAGGAUAUUCUCCAAGCAAAUCGUCGAGAUCCGGCAAAAUGCGUUCAGAAAUUGAAAGCGUUCUUCCCAGGGGCGCUUCUGAACGAGAGCAUGUGCCAGUCCGCAGCAGCUAUCGACCAAGUUGCCGCCGCUGUUGGCGUACGGCUCUCGCAACACCGGCGGAUGUUGCAACAGAGCGCACCGCAGCAGGAUGUUGCUGUCUUUCGCUAUUUGGCACUGGUUCAGCAUGAUCAGCUCUGGAGUGAACAUUUACGAAAAUUAGCGCUUUUGCGGGACAUGUCGUCUUUGCAGACGUUGCGGCAGGUAGAUCCGUUGCAACAGUAUCAGCAAGAUAGUUUUCAGCUCUUUGAACAGAUGAUGGCACAAAUAAGGCGCAACACUGUAUACUCGUUUUUCAAGUAUUCGCCGGGGCCAACGGUAUCCGCGUGA